UUUGCGGUGUCCAGGAAUCGGAAGAAGCGUGUAGAGUUGAAGCUAGGACACAAAUUCGGAAACCGGAAGUUAUAUGCUAAUUUUGACACGCAACUGGAACGCGGAUGUACUACUGAAGUAGUAGCGUCUGGUUACCACGGUAACAUUACAUGGCAUAGUAAAAGACAUGGCUCCAAGUCGGCCUCUCUUCUUCACGCCCAGAGAAGUGUCUCGGCACAGCACACUUGAUGAUCUGUGGGUGUCUUAUUUGGGUCGUGUGUAUGAUCUAACUCCAUUGGCUAAAGAGCACAAAGGUGACAUUUUACUGAAACCGAUCAUUGAGGCUGCAGGGAAGGACAUUAGUCACUGGUUCAGUGCCAAGACUGGCGAUAUAAAAACUCAUAUAGACCCACAGACAGGCUGCAUUAAAUAUUUCACACCACAAGGACGUUUUCUGCAUGUGCCACCUUCUUGUCCUCACUCAGACUGGGACAACAGUUUUGGCCGACCGUGGUGGAGGGACACUUUGUAUCAAAUCGGCAUUCUCUCCUCAAAGACCAGGUUUAUACGUAUCAUAAACACUCUAACCUCUCAGGAGCACACAUUGGAGGUAUGUUCUGAGGAAACCAUGUGGGAAAUCCUGCAUCGCUACUUGCCUUAUAACGCCCAUGCAGCUAGCUAUACGUGGAAGUUCUGCGGCAUACCUCUUAACAUGGAUGUAACCCUAGAAGAGAAUGGAAUACAAGAUGAAGAUGAGGAUUUCAAUGAGCUGAACAUGGAUUCAGAUCUAUAUACCUCAUGCAUUCACUUGUAUUUUAAUGAUGAUCUGACUGAAAUGUAAGGGAAAAGUAGGAAUUAGAGCUAAGGCAAUAAGUGUAUUUAACCUUAAUAUUGAUUAAAGUGCCCAUAUAAAAAUAUAGUGCCAGUUAUAAAAUAAAAUGUGUCAAGUUAUUUGUACAUAUAGGUAUACAUCAUUAUGUGCGCAUCAUUUUCAUAUAGAUGUGUGCGUUAUAUUGCUUUCUAGAUAUGCAAUGUAUUUGGCUUCACGGCUGCAUAUAGUACAAUAAGAGGUAAUGAGGAAAUAAGUGCAAAAUCAGUUUUCCUGCAUUAUGGUUUCCACAGUAGAGAGGAAAAGCCUCAUAUUAGCUUAUGAAGUCUUUAGUGCCAAGUGCCAACUGUAUCUCAGGAACAGGGUUUUUUUUUUUUUUUCCUAUUCUUACUGAUUAUGUAAUUCAAAUAAAUAUCUAUAUUUAAAUUA